AUGGAUGCUGCGACGCAGGGCGCCCAGAAGUCCAAAGAAGAGAUGCUGCCAGCGGCCUGGUCUGGACUGGAAGAUGUGAGGAAGACGAUGUCCAAGCUAUCUGAGACUCAAACUCAGCAAGAGGAUCGCAUUCGAGGUCUGGCGCACAAAGUUGAUCAGGUUUCAGGGUCCCAUGACAUCCUGGACAGAGAUCAAAAGGCCACCUUCAGGGAAAUGUCCAACAGCAUCAGUGAUUUAAACAUCAAGCUUGGAAGUCGAACUUCUCGCCUCGAGGAGGAUUUCAAGGCAUUGCAAGAGGAGGUUACCUCUCUGCAGAUUGAAAUUCGCUCAACAUUAAAUGGCGCGUUGAUGACACCAUCGCGGAGCUUGUCAGGAGUGGUAUGUGAAGGUGACACUGCCAUUACGGAUGCAGCAGAGUUGAGGCGGAAACUGAGAGAAGUUGCAGAGGCACCAAUGAGAACGCUCGCCAGCGAUCAGCCAGGUAUUUCUACCUCAGCAACGCCGACCUCGAACAUGCUCACAGUUGAUGGAACCUUUCCGAUGCAGGUCCAUCCUGAAGCCCUUCCCAGACAAACACGGAUGCAGGCACAGGCCCAGAUGCGAGUAGCGCAUUCCAUUGCAACGCCACAAAGGCCAAGCCACCUGAGCCCAUCCAGUUCCUGGUCACAUCUGGCGCCUUUUCACAUGCCAGGUACAGUCAGUUUCCCAGUUGCGAACUGGAAUCCAUAUGUCCAUGCUGAGCAACAGGAGUUACACCGGGUUGUAGGGCAUCCAGCUCGGGCUGAUCCAGCCCACAACUGGAAAGAAACCCCAACAAGGACUGACAGGAGGAUGUCAGGUGCAUUUACCAGUCCUCCACUUUCAGCCAGGUUACCUCCUCGCGCAGAAACGAGUGCCACGCCAACUUCAACUGGUGCUACGUCCACACCAACAGGGGCUGGUCAGGUUAUUCGUCCGGUGCGCUUGUCUUAUCCAUGGCCCCCACCGCCAACAAACUGA